AUGAGUAUCACAAGUGAAGAAUUGAACUAUUUAAUAUGGCGAUAUUGCCAGGAGGCUGGGCAUGAAGUGUCUGCUCUAGCAUUACAAGAAGAAACGAGAGUUCUGGAAUUCGAUGAGAAGUAUAAAAAUACCGUACCGUUGGGUACGUUGGUCAAUUUAGUACAAAAAGGUAUAUUAUAUUCUGAGAGUGAGUUACUGGUCAAAUACAACGGUGAAGUCGCUCCUAUAGAUGAAACCCAUUACAAAGAAGAUUUUAACCUUGUACAAGCAUUGCAAAUUGAUAAGGAAAAAUAUCCAGAUUUAGUUUCAAACGGAAAAUUUAUAUUAGAACAUGAUUCAGAAUAUGUUAAAUCACAAGCAGGUUCAAUUUGUAGUAAUACUGAAACUACUGCAAACGAAAAUGCUGACAAAAGUAAACAUGAAAAUAAUAUAGAAAGUGAUAAGAUAUUAAUGGAGAGCUCGAAAAAUGAAAAUAUAAAUAAAGCUGACAAUUUUAUCAAGACAUUAAAAGAGGUACAGGAGCUAGAUGUUAUUUCACUCUCUUCUUGGAAUCCAGUAGAGUCAGCAAUGCUUGCAUAUGGAGAUAACAACUCUGUUGCAAAAUUAAUCAAAUAUGCAGUUGAUAAAGAUACUUCUGAGUGGAGAGUGGAAAAUACUUACGAGUUAAGGCAUCCAUCAGCCUUGGCUGUGUCUUCUACUAGCACAUCAAAUAAAAUAUCAGCACUAGCAUGGUCACCAAAUGGUGAAAGUAUUAUAACAGGUGUUCAAAAUGGAGAAUUAAGAAUUUGGAGUAAAGAUGGUAGGUUGCAAAACGUGUUGAACUUUCACAGAUCUGCCAUUGUCACUGUGAAAUGGAAUACUUUGGGUAAUUAUUUCAUAAGCAGUGACGUGGAUAAUGUAACAAUUUUAUGGAAUUCUCAGACGGGAACUGCUAUGCAACAUCUGGACUUAAAGGAAUCUUCUUCUUCAUCUCAUUCAUUGGGAGUUGAUCUAGAAUGGGUAGAUGAUAGUAGAUUUGUGAUUCCUGGGCUGGAUAACACGAUAGUAGUAUUCCAUGCAUUUGAAAAGAAACCAUUGGGUAAACUUCAAGGACACCAAAGUGCUAUUAGUGUAUUAGAAAUGAACAAGAAAAGUCGAUUAUUAUUGAGCGCUUCUGAUGAUCAUACAUUAAGAGUAUGGUUAGGUGGUAGUAGUAAUUCUAGUAAUUGCUUUUAUGGACACUCUCAAAGCAUUGUUUCAGGUUCUUGGAUUGACGAAAAAUACAUUAUAUCAUCCUCCAUGGAUGGUUCAACUCGUAUUUGGUCUCGUAAAAAUAAUGCAUUAGUUGGUUUAUCUAUUGCAGAUGAUAUACCUAUAUUUGCUGGACAAUUAUCACAUGAUAAGACUAAAUAUGCUGUAGGUUUUAUGGAUGGUCAAAUAAUUAUAUAUGACAUUAAAUCUGCUAUUAAUACUCUAAAUAAGAAUUUAGAGAGCCGAGAUGAAAUGAAUAGAAAUAAUAACAGCAAUCUAGGACCUAUAGCAAUACCAAUAUAUGGUAACUAUCAAUGUCGCAAAGAAGGUAAAUGCAUUUUUGAUAUAUCAUGGAAUAUUGAAUCUAAUGCAAUCUCUGUUGCAUACUCUAGUAGCAAUGGUAUCAUAAUUGCAUUAUAA